CCGAGGAACUACACUUCCCAGCGUGCUCCUCGGCGCAGCCGGUCGCGCGCAUCCUCUGCUCGCGCUGCCGCUGCGGGAGCGCGGCGCGGGCACCCGGGCGGGGACGGGGCUGUGCGGUGAGAAUCGGCCGAGCUCGGGAGUCGGGGAGGAAGGAAGCGGGGCUGGCUGGGAACAGGGUGGCAGCCGGGAGUCGUCUUGUCCGCCAAACGACCCCUUUCGUGCGCUGAAAGGCGUCUGCCCGGCCCACGCCUUCCCGAUCCCGAACCGUGCUGGCGCUAGAGCAAAGGGCCGGAAUAAAGCCGGGAGCCCGGAGCUCGGGGAGCCCCUGCCGCACCCCGCCCGCCCUGUCCCCUCAGGCCGUAAGGACCUGGCUGCGCGAGGUAGCCUUGGCCAGCGGCGGCGGGCCGCCGCCACCGGUCUCCCGGCCGCCUGGGUUCAUUCCCUCGGUGGCCGCCGGGCAGACGCGGGGCCCAUCUAAGCUUCGGCCCUGGGGUGCAGCGCAGGAAGCGGCAGGGACAGACUUUCAGAUCGUGGGAGCCCUGCAGAAAAGACGAGGACCCUGCAACCCCUCCCGCAGAAUGCCUGAGGGCCCCGAGCUGCACCUGGCCAGCCUCUUUGUGAAUGAGACAUGCAGGGGACUGGUGUUUGGCGGAUGCGUGGAAAAGUCUUCCGUCAGCCGCAACCCUGAGGUGCCCUUUGAGAGCAGCGCCUACCACAUCUCGGCCUGUGCCCGGGGCAAGGAGCUGCGUCUGACGCUGACCCCCGCGCCUGGGGCCCAGCCCCCACAGGAGCCGCUGGCUCUUGUCUUCCGCUUUGGCAUGUCUGGCUCUUUCCAGCUGGCACCCGCCCAUGCAUUGCCACCCCACGCCCACCUGCGCUUUUACACAGCCCCACCUGCCCCCCGGCUAGCCCUGUGCUUUGUGGACAUCCGCCGCUUUGGCCACUGGGACCCUGGAGGUGAAUGGCAACCAGGCCGGGGGCCAUGUGUCCUGCUGGAGUAUGAACAGUUCAGGGGUGUAGGGGUGGGUCUCAUGCACCCAGGCUGUCCCUCCAGAGAGAACGUGCUACGAAACCUGUCAGACAAGGCCUUCGACCGGCCCAUCUGUGAGGCCCUCCUGGACCAGAGGUUCUUCAAUGGCAUUGGCAACUAUCUGCGGGCAGAGAUCCUGUACCGACUGAAGAUACCCCCCUUUGAGAAGGCCCGCGCAGUCCUGGAGGCCCUGCAGCAGCACCGGCUGAGCCCGGAGCUGACCCUGAGCCAGAAGAUCAGGGCCAAGUUGCAGAACCCAGACCUGCUAGAGCUGUGCCACUUAGUACCCAAGGAAGUGGUUCAGCUGGGGGGUAAAGGCUAUGGGCCAGAGCAUGGGGAAGAAGACUUUGCUGCCUUUCGAGCCUGGCUGCGGUGCUACGGUGUGCCAGGCAUGAGCUCCCUGCGAGACCGGCAUGGCCGCACCAUCUGGUUUCAGGGGGAUCCUGGACCCAUGGCACCCAAAGGGAGCAAGUCCCGCAAAAAGAAGUCCCAGGCAACACAGCAGGGCCCUGAGGAUGGACCCAAGGUAUGGUUGCCAGCGCUGGCUCCAGGCCAGCUGCCUUGGCUCCUGACCAAGGGGGUUGGUAUCAGUGGUAGGUCUGAACCAACCUCUAAACUGCCUAGAGAAAAGACCACAAGGACCUGUGUCUCCUCACCUAGGACCCUCCACCUCCGAGCAAGGCCCCUCCCAGGACACGAAGGGCCCAGAGACACCUUACUAAAACUGCAACUCAACAGCCUGAGGCAACUGGCCUCCAGCAAGCUCCUACAGUCCCUGAGAAAGGGAGGAAGAAGGGGCAACAGACAACUUCAGGCCUCCGUAGACCCCAGAAGAUUAAGGCUGACGCCUCACCCGGGGAGUCUGGCACGGCAUCAGCCUCUUAGCAGGAGGGCUUCCUUGCUUGUUCCUCUCCCCUUUCCUGCUGCCUUGCCAUAUGCCCCAGACCCUGUGGCUGUUAAACUGUAGUGUUUUUAAUUCUACCCCACCGUCUACAUUUUUAAAGCCAUGACAAAUGCUCUAUUAAAAAAAAAAAUACCUAAUAAAUUUGAACUUGGCACUUCUGGGGUUGCUGCAGGUCUGAGAUGGUCAGGCUGGAAGGACCUGCUACUUGGCCCUGGGAACAGAGGCCUGCCUACCUCCUCAGCAAGGCACACUGAGCUUCUAGCCCACUCCUCUGGAGGCCAGUGCCUCUCAGGACCAGUCCCGAGAGGAGGAAAGGAAGGUGUGCAGAAAUUCUGGCCCGGACUGGCCCUUUCUACAGCUUAGGGGUUGAAAGCCAGGACCCACCCUCCAGACCUCAUUUCCAGCCCCUUACCCUCUGCCUCUGGCACAAAGAGGAACUUUUUUUUUUUAAUCUCUUGGCUAUGAUCACCUGAGGUCCCCAGUCUUUCCUGUGAGGGUGCAACUCAAAUCCUACACGUACAGGCAGAAUCUUGACCCUAUCUCCAAAUGCUUGGGAAGCAGCUCUCCCCUUCUUUCCCAAAGCUGGAGCAUUGUCCUUAAGGGG